AUUUAAUGGUGAUCUUUGUACGAUACGGCCUGCUGUUAGGGUGCAUGCAUUAUGUCGUUGUUGCGAGGAGUUUCAGUGUGGGUACUAAUUGCACCGCUGGUUGCGUUACAUAGACUACAAUCUCAGGAGGCGAUUGUGUAUCCGGAGUUCCUAGAGGAAAGGUCGGAUAAUGGCGCCCGAACACUGAAGAUCAAGGACGACUUAACGCUUAAUCUGGUGCCGAAGUCACCGUUUCCUGAACGUCUCCAUCUUCGAACGCCCCGACACGAUGGUUCGGUAUUCAACACCUAUGUUUCCUCGUCGCUGUACUCGUCUAAGCUGUUCCAGGAUGAGGACAACUUCGCAUCUCUUGUGGUGACGGAAGAUAAUGGCCUGCGUCUUCACGGCAUGAUUGGCGAUGAUUUGCGCAUCGAACCUCUGGCCACCGCUGGGCGCUCCUCGGUAGGUCAUGUAGCCCAUAGGCUGUACAAGGUGGAAGAAGUGCGUUCGGACACUCCGAUUUACCAGUAUGUUUCAGCUCCCGCUACUGAUAGAGCAGCCCGCACUAUCGACAAUAUAGUUGAAAGCCGCCUGGACAAAAGCUCUGUCCGCGCAGAAACGCAUAUCGUGGUGGACAGCGUUCUCUUUGCACAGUUCAAAAAGAAUAAGACAGACACAAUUUUGUACAUGGGAGCAGCUCUCAACUCAAUCAAUCUGAGGUAUAAGACAGUGAAGACCCUGGAAGUUGAAAUUGUCGGCGUCGGAUUUACGUUUUACGAAAAUGGUUACGAGGAAGGUCUCUUCUUGAAGUUUUUCAACGAGCCAGAUGCAAAAUGGGACGAGUAUGCCGAUAUCAAAAGCACGCUUGCCGCAUUCAAUGACUUUUACAAGAAGACCCACACCAACGUAUUUUCUAAUGUGGAUCUGCUUUCCUUUGUCACAGGACGAGAUAUGUGCCUGCUAGAAGACGAUGAGGUAUCUCGUGCCGUGGAGGGUAUGGCGUACGUGACGGGCGUAUGUGGCGAUGCACGAACGUCUGUGGUGGAAGACGAGGCCUGGUCUUUUGACGUAGUGCGCAGAAUGGCGCACGAGUUAGCUCACAACCUAGGGUGUCUCCAUGAUGGCGAGGAACCUCUGAAGUAUCCGCAUGGCCACCCUGGUGCGAAAGAAUGUCCCUGGAAUGAUGGCUACCUGAUGAGCUUCAUAACCGAGGACAACAGACAGUUCCAAUUCUCUCCCUGCUGUGCCAAGCAGAUACUGUUCGUUUCCGAGAUAAUGUCGCCAGAUGCCUCGAGUAAGGCGGAACGGGUCCCGCUGUCUCACCAGCCUGCUUGGGGACGUUGUUUUGUCCCGCUUUCGGCUGGAACGAUUCCCAUGUGGCAAAUAGAUGCGUUUAAACAAGGUGGCCCUGUUCCAGCUCACAUCUUUCCACGAUCUAGUCAAUGGAACAUUGUGAUCUGUUUGCUAGCAAACCAUCCAUUUUGCAUUCACUUGCGACUCGACGACAAGCUGUGCCUCUUCUACAACAAUAGCGAGAAAAGGGACCGCAUUAAAAGUGGCGCUCUACCAGGGGACCGAUUAUCCCUGGAUAGACUUUGUCGCGAUGCGUUCGCAGACGUAACGGACUACACUUUUAUGUUCGAUAACGAAACGGGACUUUCUGGAAAUGGAUGUCAGAUCCCUUGUAUAAGCAACAAGGUCACUGUGGGACGUAGAACAUACUGGAAUGAUGGACAAGCAAAGGGACUGGACGGCUCCCGUUGUGACUCUAACGACAGGCGUAAGUUGUGCAUUCGAGGAGAGUGUGUCGUGCACACUCGCUGCAAGGACUGCCACAACCGCCCAUCACAACCGAGGACGCCACGGACAACAACUGCUCUGCCGCGCUUGUCCUACUGGAACCGCCAAGGGAAAUAUUAAACUUCAUUCCUUGA